AUGAGCGGUGCGUUUUCUACAGGCGAUUACUCUUUAGAUGAAAUCCGGGAAAUGCGAUUGCAACUUCUGAACUGCGAAAAUACUAUGCUCAGGAGACAGGUGCAGACCUUACAAAAGGAGCUUACAGAAACCCAACAUAAACUGACUGAGAUGGAUACAAGCUUUGAGCUACUGAGCGAUAUGCUCGUCCAAUGCAUAAAAGAUCUACAGACCACUGAUGCCAAAACUAUCGUUUCACAGAUAAUCAACAUACUAUCGAAGGUCCAUGAUGAGUAA